CUGCGGCGGGCCUGGGGACGGGACUGCGCAUGCGCGCAAGCGAAGGGCACAGAGCGCCACGACUUCCCUGGUGCCUGCUGCGCACGCGCUUAAGGGAGGGGCACAGGGCCGCUAGGUGCCCAACGGUGGCCGCGAGAGUCCAGUCCUACCCGGCGUCCAGAGAGCGCUCAGCGGGCCCCUUGUGGGCUGGUGCCGCCUUCUCGUCCGUGCCCUUUGGCCUCGGUGGGAACACCGCGUGGGUCUAAGGGAUGUCAGACUCGGGGCACAGCCAGCCCGGGCUGUACGGCCCCGAGCGCCGGCGCCGCUGGCCCCGGGACAAGGAGCUGGGCCUGCCCGGGGGUCCCCAGAGCCUCUCGGGGCCCGGUCGCGACCGGGACUUCACCCCCUGGGACCGGGAGCGCCGCGACCCCCCGGAGGAGACGCCAGGCACCGUGAUGCAGAAGACGCCCAUUAUCCUGGCCAAGCCACCCGCAGAGCGGUCGAAGCUGGCCCCGCCCCCUGCACCUGCCCCGCCCCCUGCAGCCCCGCCCCCGCUGGAGAAGCCCAUCGUGCUGAUGAAGUCCCGGGAGGAGGGGAAGCCCGAGGGGGGGGCACCCCCCACCAUGGCGGUGGCGGGGGUCACGGGCGCUGCAGGGGCCAAGGUGGAGAAGGAGGGGCAGCGCCCCACGCAACCUGUCUACCAGAUCCAGAACCGUGGCAUGGGUGCCGCCGCCCCCAGCGCCGCCCUGGACCGUGAGUGGGGGGCGGAGCUCCGGGCGGGGCUUGUGGCUGUGGUGGGCCAAGCCAAGCUGGUGGCCCCUGAGAAGAUGAAGCACAGCAUCAAACUGGUGGAUGAGCAGAUGAACUGGUGUGACAGCGCUAUCGAGUACCUGCUGGACCAAACAGACGUGCUGGUCGUGGGCGUCCUGGGUCUUCAGGGCACCGGCAAGUCCACAGUGAUGUCACUGCUUUCAGCCAACCAGCCUGAGGAGGACCUGAGGGCCUACGUCUUCCGCCCCCAGGGCCAGGAAAUUAAGGAGCGCGGGGGCAACCAGACCAGUGGCAUCGACUUCUUCAUCACCCAGGAGCGCAUCAUCUUCCUCGACACCCAGCCCAUCCUCAGCCCAUCCAUCCUGGACCAUCUCAUCAACAACGACCGGAAGCUGCCCCCCGAGUACAACCUGCCUCACACCUAUGUAGAGAUGCAGUCCCUGCAGAUUGCCGCCUUCCUCUUCACCGUUUGCCAUGUGGUCGUUGUGGUGCAGGAUUGGUUCACCGACCUCAGCCUUUACAGGUUCCUGCAGACGGCUGAGAUGGUGAAGCCAUCCACGCCUUCCCCCAGCCACGAGUCCAGCGGCUCAGCUGGGCCCGACGAGGGCACCGAGUACUACCCCCACAUUGUUUUCCUCCAGAACAAGGCCAAGCGGGAGUGCUUUUGCCCCCGGAGAUUGAAGCAAAUGCACCAGAUCGUGGACAAGAUCAUGAUGCACUCACACCUCAAGUACAAGGGCACCCUUUCCAUGCUGGAGUGUAACAUCUUCCCCGGGCUGCCCUAUGACUACCUGGACACGGAGGUGAACCUCUUCCUGCUCCCCUUCAUGGACGCUGACGCCGAUGAGACCCUGCCCAAGUCAGCCCCCGGGGGCGGCCCCCUCUUCUCACUGCUGCCAGGCUACAAGGGCCACCCCAGCUUCCCCUCCCUGGUGGCCAAACUGCGCAGCCAGAUCAUGUCCAUGGCACGGCCUCAGCUCUCUCACACCAUCCUCACAGAGAAGAACUGGUUCCACUAUGCAGCGCGGAUCUGGGAUGGGGUGAAGAAGUCAUCAGCGCUAGCAGAGUACAGCCGCCUGCUGGCCUGAGGACCCCCUCCAGGACCCCCCCAGGGGUAUCUAACCCCCCAGCCCAAGGUGUGGGACAGCAGGGGCUCCAAAGCCCCUUCCCCCACCCCCGGGAGACCAGUGGCCCCAGCAGCUGGGAUUGGAAGUUAGAGGCAACUGUGCUCCUACCAUGUGGCUCUGAGCCGGGGCCAGAACCCAGGUGUCCGGGUUCGCUCAGCCCCCUUCUCGCUGGACACGGGACCCAGGCAGCUGGUGCUGCUCACCUGUUGCUGAAUAAAGCUGCUUGUUUCUUUAA